UGGAGUCCUAGACAUGUAAAUUUCAGAUUCCCCGCUAAAAUUCCAGCUUCCUUCUCCAUGGCCGCGAGGUCGAAGCUCGUAGAAAACUUGGAUUCCGAUCGAUGCCUUUCAGAUGAUGAGGUGUUACAUGAUGCCAUUUUUUAUUCUGACUGUUCGAAGAACUUACAAUCCCAUUACUCGCAUGAAAUUAAGAUGCAAUCAGCACCAGCGUCGCAAGUUAACUCCUUUACAGGAGAUGGUCAUCAUUCCACGAUUGCUACAUCCAAAGAGGAAUUCAGACAAAGGGAGAACUCGACAUUGCAGAAGGAGAUUUUACCGAGCAAAUCAGAAAUGAUAAACCAAUUAUUGGAUACUGAGCAUGGAAGGCUACCGCAUCUGGACGGAACAAAAGGGCAACUUGAUGAUUUUGGUUAUGACUCAAUAUCGGAUGAGGAAAAUGAUACGCGGCGAAAAUUUCCAUUUACGUAUGCAUCUGCUGGAGCUAAGAGAGGAGGCUAUGAUAAUUUAGAAAAGAAGCUGCACGAAGCGUGCGAGUGGUCCACUAUUCUUGAUGAAGCCGAUGAGCUAGCGGGUUUGCGUGGAAACAUGUGUGGUUCUUUCCAUCCAUCGCUUGUACCAGAGGAGAGAAUAUAUCAUAAAGGUGGAAGGAGGGGCAGUUCCAAGUUCAAAAUUUCCCUCCCAUCUUUGUCCAGUAUGGAAAAUUUUUCAAGGGGUUCUUUGUCAAAAGAUAAAAUUUAUAGUUCUUCUGAGGAAGAUAUUGAAGGACCUGCAGAGUGGUAUUGCUUCAAGCAUGAAACUAAAGAAGAUACAGCACCGCGGCAUUUGGAAGAUAUUUUUCAAGGGAGUGCCGAGCCGGCGAACAGGUCGGGGUCUCAUAAGACGCUAGUUGGAGCUCCUUCAGUAUCCGAGCUGCUUGAAGAUAUGCAGAAUAAGGAUCCAUCCUUGAGAGGAAUUCAGGCAGUGGACAAUAUUGAAGGAAAAGAAAGGCAAAUGAUUUCUUCCAAGAGAUCAUUGUUGCAUUUAGGUAACAGGGCUCUUCACAACAAAGAUGCUCCUGAUUUUACAGGUGAAAUUUCAAGUGAGGAUGAGCAUAUCGAUCAGCACUAUCGAGCAGCUCAAAUUGUUAAGGAACAGACGAUGGCAGAUCUGUUUCAGGAAGCUUUUAACACAUCUACAGACGAAAGACCUGAAAUUCCCAAAAUGGACAAUAUUGAAGGAAAAGAAAGGCAAAUGAUUUCUUCCAAGAGAUCAUUGUUGCAUUUAGGUAACAGGGCUCUUCACAACAAAGAUGCUCCUGAUUUUACAGGUGAAAUUUCAAGUGAGGAUGAGCAUAUCGAUCAGCACUAUCGAGCAGCUCAAAUUGUUAAGGAACAGACGAUGGCAGAUCUGUUUCAGGAAGCUUUUAACACAUCUACAGACGAAAGACCUGAAAUUCCCAAAAACAAUAAAUUUGGAUUUCAGUUAAGAUUGCAAAAUAUAAUAAAGCUUGAAAAAGACGGACAUAUGGAUUAUUUAAAGGGGCUGCAACCUGGAAGGACUCCUUCGAGUAAGCAAACUGUUUCAUUUCUUGGUGGUAAUAAUGGUUGCUUCAGAGAUAUUAACCUUAAUGCAACUAAUUAUGCAUCUUAA